AUGCUAACUGUUUGUCCUCUGUCCUUCUUUACACGAGCGUUACUUGUUUGCUUUAAAUCUUUGACACGUCUUUCACCACCUUGUGCACCCAUCUUGCCCCUCACAAAAAAAAAAAGAUAUUUGAAAAUGCACGGCAUGAAUUUCGGCCAGGGCGGCCAUCAGCAGUUCAACCCCAACGCCAACCCGUGGGCACGCGCCCCAGCAUUUGGCGAAGCCGGCCACCAGGUUGGGUACAACAACUAUGGUGGUUAUCAGCAAAGGCCGCGCGAAGGUUUUGAUGGCCCCUCCCGUGGUCGUGGCGAAUUUAUCCGUCGCAACGUGCCGUACCAAGGGGAAACCUCCGGCCAUGGCUACCACCGUGAGGAGCCAGCCGAUGAGGACAUAUUUAAGGAUCACACUCCGGGCAUCAACUUUGACCAACACGGAGAGGUGAAUAUGACUAUCACGCCAAACGACAUUGCGCCAGUGUUAUCGUUCAGUGAAAUGAACAUGGUUCCGGUGCUGCUGGAAAAUGUGAAACGCUGUGGGUACACCAAGCCAACGCCUGUGCAGAGCUUGGGUAUUCCAACAGCGCUCAAUCAUCGGGAUCUUAUGGCGUGUGCACAAACUGGUUCGGGGAAAACAGCUUCGUACCUUAUUCCUGCUAUCAACGAGAUACUGUUGAAUAUUUCGAACCGCCCUCCGUACAGCCCGGGCAGCCACUCCAGCCCCCAAGCCCUUAUCCUUGCACCAACGAGGGAGCUUUCCCUUCAGAUCUAUGGAGAAGCCCGCAAGUUCACCUACCAUACGCCUGUCCGCUGUGUAGUCGUCUAUGGCGGUGCUGAUCCACGCCACCAGGUACAUGAGCUCUCCCGCGGGUGUAAAUUGCUUGUUGCGACCCCUGGACGACUUAUGGAUAUGUUCUCUCGUGGAUACGUCCGCUUCUCUGAAAUCCGCUUCCUGAUAUUGGAUGAAGCUGAUCGAAUGCUGGAUAUGGGAUUUGAACCGCAAAUUCGGAUGAUUGUUCAAGGUCCAGACAGUGAUAUGCCAAGGGCAGGUCAGCGCCAAACUCUGCUCUAUUCUGCCACUUUUCCCGUUGAGAUUCAGCGGCUCGCCAGGGAGUUUAUGUGCCGCCACUCGUUCCUUCAGGUUGGACGCGUGGGCUCCACAACGGAGAAUAUCACUCAGGACGUUCGCUGGAUUGAGGACCCGGACAAGCGUCAGGCGCUACUCACGUUACUUCGUGAAAAUGAAGGCAAGCUUGUUCUCGUUUUUGUCGAAAAGAAGCGUGAUGCCGAUUAUUUGGAGCGUUUCCUGCGCAAUAGCGAGUUGGCGUGCGUUUCUAUCCACGGCGAUCGUGUGCAGCGUGAGCGCGAAGAGGCUCUCAGGCUGUUUAAGUCAGGCGCUUGUCAAGUUCUUGUCGCAACAGACGUAGCUUCUCGCGGACUCGACAUCCCCAAUGUCGGGGUUGUGAUCCAAUAUGACAUGCCGAGCAAUAUUGACGAUUACGUGCAUCGCAUCGGCCGCACAGGCCGUGCUGGCAAAGUGGGCGUCGCCAUUUCAUUUUUUAACGAGAAGAACCGCAACAUUGUGGAUGAUCUCAUUCCACUUCUCAAUGAGACCAAUCAGGUCAUUUCUCCUGAAGUUCGUGCACUGGCCAAGCGCCCCAACAAUAAUAACAACAACAAUAACCGCGGAGGUGGUGGCGGCGGUUAUCGCGGUUUCGGGCGUGGUGGCAACAGCGGUGGUUUUGGAAUGGGCGGUGGUCGCGGUGGCGGCGGUGGUGGCGGUGGUUAUCGCGGCGGUCGGGGUGGCAACAGCGGUGGUUUUGGAAUGAGCAACGUUUUCGGGCGUGGCGGCAACAGCGGUGGUUUUGGAAUGGGCGGUGGUCGCGGCGGCGGUGGUGGUGGCGGUGGUGGCGGUUUCGGCAGCGGGGGAUUUGGAGCAUCGGGAGGAAAUAUGCGCGGGAUGUUUGGAGGAGGAGGAGGAGGCCCCACCAUGUAA